GCGUUCGGCUCCGGCGGGAAAGGCGCCCGGCGCCCAUGCCUCCGGCCCCGCGCCGCGGCUGCCCUGACCCGGCCGCGACCUCCCUCUGCGCACCCCGCCGUCCAGGCUUCUGGGGUGUUCCCCAACCAAGGCCCAGCCCUGCCACACCCCCCGCCUCCGGCCUCCGCAACUCGGCAUGGGCGCGGGGGCGCUCGUCCUGGGCGCCUCCGAGCCCGGUAACCUGUCGUCGGCCGCACCGCUCCCCGACGGCGCGGCCACCGCGGCGCGGCUGCUGGUGCCCGCGUCGCCGCCCGCCUCGUUGCUGCCGCCCGCCAGCGAAGGCCCCGAGCCGCUGUCGCAGCAGUGGACGGCGGGCAUGGGUCUGCUGAUGGCGCUCAUCGUGCUGCUCAUCGUGGCGGGCAACGUGCUGGUGAUCGUGGCCAUCGCCAAGACGCCGCGGCUGCAGACGCUCACCAACCUCUUCAUCAUGUCCCUGGCCAGCGCCGACCUGGUCAUGGGGCUGCUGGUGGUGCCGUUCGGGGCCACCAUCGUGGUGUGGGGCCGCUGGGAGUACGGCUCCUUCUUCUGCGAGCUGUGGACCUCGGUGGACGUGCUGUGCGUGACGGCCAGCAUCGAGACCCUGUGUGUCAUCGCCCUGGACCGCUACCUCGCCAUCACCUCGCCCUUCCGCUACCAGAGCCUGCUGACGCGCGCGCGGGCGCGGGGCCUCGUGUGCACCGUGUGGGCCAUCUCAGCCCUGGUGUCCUUUCUGCCCAUUCUCAUGCAUUGGUGGCGGGCGGAGAGCGACGAGGCGCGCCGCUGCUACAACGACCCCAAGUGCUGCGAUUUCGUCACCAACCGGGCCUACGCCAUCGCCUCGUCCGUGGUCUCCUUCUACGUGCCCCUGUGCAUCAUGGCCUUCGUGUACCUGCGGGUGUUCCGCGAGGCCCAGAAGCAGGUGAAGAAGAUCGACAGCUGCGAGCGCCGUUUCCUCGGCGGCCCCGCGCGGCCGCCCUCGCCCUCGCCCUCGCCCUCGCCGGUCCCCGCGCCCGCGCCGCCGCCCGGACCCCUGCGCCCCGCCACCGCCGCUGCCACCACCGCCCCGCUGGUCAACGGGCGUGCGGGUAAGCGGCGGCCCUCGCGCCUCGUGGCCCUGCGCGAGCAGAAGGCGCUCAAGACGCUGGGCAUCAUCAUGGGCGUGUUCACGCUCUGUUGGCUGCCCUUCUUCCUGGCCAACGUGGUGAAGGCCUUCCACCGCGAGCUGGUGCCCGACCGCCUCUUCGUCUUCUUCAACUGGCUGGGCUACGCCAACUCGGCCUUCAACCCCAUCAUCUACUGCCGCAGCCCCGACUUCCGCAACGCCUUCCAGCGACUGCUCUGCUGCGCGCGCAGGGCUGCCCGCCGGCGCCACGCGGCCCACGGAGACCGGCCGCGCGCCUUGGGCUGUCUGGCCCGGCCCGGACCCCCGCCGUCGCCCGGGGCCGCCUCGGACGACGACGAAGACGAUGUCGUCGGGGCCACGCAGCCCGCGCGCCUGCUGGAGCCCUGGGCCGGCUGCAACGGCGGGGCGGCGGCGGACAGCGACUCGAGCCUGGACGAGCCGUGCCGCCCCGAAUUCGCCUCGGAGUCCAAGGUGUAGGGCCCGCCGCGGGGCGAAGACGCCGGGCACCCCGGGAGGAGGACAGCCCGGGCGCCCGGAACGACUUCCCGGGGGAACGAGGAGAUCUGUGUUUACUCAAGACCGAAAGCAGCCCAUGUUAAUUGGAACUAGGCACAUUUCAAGGGCUCAGUAGCAGGAGAGAAUGGAUGGUAGAGUGGCGUAACCUAGAGGCUGGAUAACCACGUGGACCUUAGAUGAGGAGAGAAAACCACACGAAUGGCCAUUCCAGGGGACGUUAUAAGGAGAAGAAAACUGCAUGAACAAAAACCUAGAGAGACCAACCUAUCAGCUAAGAAAAUAUCUUUGGUGAAUACAAUGCUGAUUUCAAAGAAUCUCAGAAUUGGAAGUGACCUUAAAAAAUCGCUAUAGCCCAACCAUCUCUCAGGGCAAAGAUUCUUCUUAUUCUUGAGGCAUCAACCCCUUUAAGAUUACAAAAGAAAAGGAAAGAAAAAGAAAAAAGGCUAUGAUCUUCAUCCCAGAAAGAUGCACAUAAUCUACAUAUGAAAAUCAUCACAAUUAUUUUCAAGGGGUCCAUUAAGAAUUCCUGCCUUAGAUUCUUGCCGUAUUUGAAAAGAAAGCUAAGGACCUGGGUUACGGCUCCCUGGACAUGAAGGAAUCAGUCUUUCAAGUGGGAUCCUGGGCCUGACCUGUUCAGAGGGAGAAUGCAGAAUCUCAUGGGACAAGGGAAAUUCAAGCUUUCAAAUCUGCAGAGCCCUAGGACAUGGGAGACUAUUAAGUUCACUAGAGCAGAAGAUCUUUAAAUAGAAGCCCCUGGAGCUGUUGUGCUGAUUUUAUAGAAAACACAUGGAAGACGGAUCCCAGCGAGGGAGAGGAAACACGACAGUGAUGAAAAGGAAAACCGGGUCCGUAACUGGGGGCAACCAGACGUUACCAGCAGCAGCAUCGGGAGGUUUCUGUUCGACGGAUGAUUCAUUUUCAUCCAAGAAUUAAACAAAGGAACAUCAGAUUUUAUUUUUGAACAUUGGAGUUUAUGAUUGUUUCCUUCUGAUAACAGCUACUUCAUUCAUGGUCCACCCAUCCAUCAUUUGGUUCUGUUGAGCUCAACUGGGUUUUCCUUUUCCUUAACAUUUUACAUUUUGUGGAACAGAAAGGUGAAGAGAAUAGAAAAGUAACCAUAAUUAGAAACAGAUAUCUAUGUACCUGCCACCUACUGGAGCUGAUUAAUAUUGACAUUUGGCCAUAUUCAUUUCAGAGCUUUUAAAUGUUUUGUUGUUGUUGUUGUUUAUGGUUUUGUUGUUGUUGUUGUUGUUGUUGUUGUU